GGGAGAUGUACUUAUCUCUCUCCCACACACACACACACCCUCCUCUCCCUCCCUAUCUGAGACACACGCACACACACCGAGCAGUUUGUUUUUCAGUCUGUCCGAAAUGUUGCCUGUGGAUUUGUCGUCCCUCCUGCUCCUCUGUUGUUCUGCAGCUGCAGGUCAGCAGGUGACAACAGUGAAGCCUGGAGAUGAUGCCACUCUUAAGUAUCUCUGUCCGAGCCAUCCUGCCAUCACACUAUUAGAGUGGUUCAGACCUGAGUCAGAGUCAGAUGGUUACGUGUUCUUCUACCGAAACAAUCGAUUGUACGAAAAUUACCAGCAUCCGUCUUUUCGCGGUCGAGUGGAGCUGAAAGAUCCAGAGAUGAAGGACGGAGACGUGUCUGUGACUGUGAAGAAUGUCAACGUCAGUGAUGCUGGAACGUACAACUGUCGAAUAACCAGCAGCAAAACAGGGAAUGAUGAAAUAAUAACCACCGAGUACAGCAGCCAUGUCAGCCUGAUUGUCACAGACUCAGGUCACUCAGCUCCUCUGAGGUCCGCUGAUGAAAACCAGAAUGGAGGAGACAAUGGUGGAGGAAAGGAGGAUGGUAAUAAACUUGUUGGACUCUUGGUGGUGGGAAAGUUUCUGGCAUGUUACUUAUUAUUGGUGUUGUCUUCUUAAUCAGUGAUAAGUUGCGGAACAAAUGCACAACAUGUGUGUCGUACMAACAUGUUGCUGUCAAGGCAGAAAACAUAAAGGUGUGAAAAGUGUCCGAGCACUUUACUCAUGAAUGUUCACAUGUUCUGCUGGAAAACUGAUAAUAGGGCGGUAAUUACUGAUACCACCAAGUAAUGUUUUUUUUAAUUUGGUCAACCUGAGCCAUGAAACACUAAAAUGCCCAGUCAAAACCACACAAACACACAGCCACACCCCCCUAGCAGCAUGGCGGUGAAUUGCAGAGCAACACGUUCCCUCGACGCAGAACUCCGAAUGCUCAACGACGUGACGCCGUCGACGUGACGCAGAAGCAGGCUUUAGAAGUGUGGUGUUGGCCCCAGAGGUGUAGCAGUGGGGGGGCCAAGUGGAACUGACUUCCCACGRCCCCAUAGGGGAGGUGGGCCCUACAAACAUGGUUUAGUCCUUGCUGUAUGCUUCUGGAAACAUAAUGGAACUGAACAAUGUGGACUUUAACCAGCCUGGUUCAACCAGGACAUCCCCUUUUAUUCUAGUCACAAGAUACACUACAUAUUUUAGCAUUUAGCAGCUGAACAGUCAAAUGGAGGUGGAGGAGACCAAACACAGAGUAAAAAGAGAAGGAACGCUGGACUUCAUGUGACACAAACAAACCACAUGAAGUGUUUGACAAGUCAACUGAAGAUUCAUAUUAUUCUCUAAAAAAACAGUGGCGUGCCAAAAAUCCCCUCUGUCCGUGCUUUUACUCUGGAGGAGGAGGUUCACAGAACAUACGAAGAGGAAACAGAGAGUUCCUCCUGGAUCAGACCUGAUCUUUACAGGCCACCAAAAUCUAAAUCGAGUAUCUUCAAUUUUAAUGAACACACAGUAGAACAUGUGGUCAUAUCAGGGGUAAAACAGAAAGAUGAAUGUUGAAUGAUAUAUAUUUAUUUAGAUUGUACUACUGUUAAGAGCAUCUAUAUCGGUAUAAAACUAUAUUUAAAUAACAAGUUUUAAUGAAAACCUUUUUAAAAAAUGUCUCUCAGUAGAACUCAUUCCUCCACCAAGAACCAAAAGUUGCUUAAAUUCUGCACUGACUCUGUCAUGUUUGUUUGGACAUAAUUUUAAAACUAUUAAAGAUUCAUGUAAACUGUUGAUUCUUUACUGAAGCCACGUGAUGUCAGUGACACAUCAGUGAUUUGUUACCAUUAGUUACCGUCACAGUGGUAUAAAAAAAUCAAAGCCUAAAAUGUACUAUUAUUGUGCUGCAUUCUCUGAUUACAAUGUUUAAAUUUCUGUCACAUGUUUCAGUUCUUUUAAAACUGAGUUUGUUUCACGAACUUUUUUUGUACAAGGCUGAGAGUGACCUACAGUUACCUUGAGGUUGGGUUCAUUAUGAGUCACAUUUAAAAUAGCUGCGACUUCUCUUCUAGGAUGACGUGUCAACGAACAGAAAGUGAUAGUCAUGGAGGCGGGAUGUCAGGCAGCUAAUGUUGGAGAACAUUCUAAUAAAUUGAGCUGGAUGAAUAGAUCAAAGCUCAUAUCAAGAUAAAAUAUUCAUGUCAGUUGUUAUCAACAAUUCAAUAACACUGUUUAUGUUCUGUUGUAUAUUUUAUCUAUUCCAUCUAAAUUUCUAUAUUUCCUUGCAGUUCUAUAUUGCAUGUUUUAUAAAAACGUGACUGUCCGAAUACAGCAAAUAAUGGAUUAUCUUAUUUUACCUAACCGUACCGAAUCCCAUCUCAAAUAGUACAUUAUUAUUUCUGAUAAGUUUAUAGUUUGAUUUUUACUCAUUAGUGAAGGUUGUUUAUAAAAAAAUUCAAUAUUGAUAUAUAGAUACAAUAUAUAUUGAUAUAAUAUUCGGCUGUGUUGUUUUUUGAUUUGUGUCAUGCGAUGAUCAUUGAGCAACACAUUAUUGUUCUUCAUGCUGCAAAGAGUCCUGGAUUUUGUUGAUGUGAGCAGCUGCUGCCUCCCGCUGGUCUACUCCCAUCACAACAUCCAGGCCCCUGAACCAUGAAGAAGACACUUGUAAAUUAUCACAUAGGUCUGCAUUGAAAAAAAUGAAUAAAUGCAUAUCAUAAACUUUAAAGCUGAACAGGAAGAGUCGUCACCAGAUGAUUGUUUAAUUGAAAAAUACUAAAAUCACAACAAAAAGAAAAGUCUUAAAUCAUCUCACGUCAUGUAAAAUAAUAAUAAAAAUACAAUUAA